AUGGAAACAAAAUAGUUUAAGGUUAAUAUUUAUUAUGAUGAUGAGCUAUUCACUUAGAAUGAUUUGACAUUUAGUGAAAAUAAUCCAAGCUCAAAGAAUAUAGCAUUUGUUAAUGAGGAAGUUCUAAAAGAAAAUAACAUCAACUUCUUUUCAUAUUAUUUGUUAAACAAUAAAAAGUUAGUUUGUUUAUUUGGAUCAUAAACUGUUAAAAAAGGCGAUAUUCAUAUUUCUCAAGCUGUUGGGUCAACUUUAAAAUUACAGGAAGACUAUGUCACUAUUAAUUUUAGCAAGCCAAUUCCUACAAAGCAAUUUGACAAAGAUUCAAAUUACAACUUUUUACCUAAUGUUCCAGUUUGUCAUAGGAUUCUAUUGUCGAAUAUUUGGAAUAAUAAUAGCAAUCUUUUUGAUGUGAAUAUACUCACCGAAUUGCUUUAAGAAGUGUUUUAUGUUCAAGUAGGAGAUGUUAUUGCUUUAGAUAUUUCCAAAAUAGAAGAUUUGACUAAAUUUAAGAACGAUAAAAAGAAACUUUAAAAGCUUAUAAAAUAUUCUCUUACACGUGAUGGAGGAAAGCAAGAAAGCUCUACUAUUUAUGAAAACUCUAAAAAAUUAUUACUUGUUUAAGUAGAAAAUAUAUUUGUAAUAAACAGCACAACUAGAGAUUUAGUGCCUUACUAUUAGGAUAAAGAAUAAUCUUAAGCAUGCGGAUUUAUUGUAGAUAUUAAAAAUAGAGAAACAGAUAUAAGACUAGAUAGUCUCAGACAUAAUAAACCCCCAAUUUAUCCAGUUAUAUAGCAAGCUGAGUUGAGGAAAUAUAAAAAAUACAUUGAAUAAGAUAUUUUAUCAAAUGAGUUUUAUUCUUAAAUUUUGAGUCGCAUAGAUAGAUUGCUUAGAUUUUCAUUCAAUCAGCAUGUACCACUACUUAUGAUAGCACCUAAAGGCUCUGGUAAGAGAUUGUUACUUAGACAAGUCUGUGAAAGGUAUGGCAUGAACUAUAUGGAAAAAGACGUUAAAAAACUAGGCAGUUUAAAUUAAAUAGAGAGAUUGCUUCUUAAAGGAGUUAAUAUGAGGCCUUGCAUGAUUAAUAUUAGAAAUUUAAGAAGCUUAGUGCAUUUUGUUUAACAUAAAACAUAAGAAGAACCAGAAAAAUUGAUGGUUAAAUAUGUAUAGGAGUUUAUAAAUAAAUUUGAGCAACUAGAAAAGCAAAUAUGUUCUAACUUCAAAUGUGUAUUAGUAUUUACUAUGGAAAAAUUCGACGAAUCAAGCUUGAUAGAUAACAACUUAAAAAACAUAUUUACUGAUUAUUUAAUUUUAGAUAAAAUCAAAGAAAAAUCUAUUUAUGAAUCAAUAAUUAAAUACCAUGCUACAAACGAAAAAGAAGCUGCAUUCUUCGACUAAGCUUAACAAAAAUCAUUAGAAAACUUAUUCAGAGUUUGUUUGGGAAUACCAAUUUUUACUUUUGAGAAAACUCUUAAAAAAGCCUUAUUAUCAUCGCCAAUAGAAAAAGUAUGUGAUUCUUUAGUGUAAUAGAUUGAAAAUUUAAGAAAAAGUAGUGAUAUAGAGAGCUUAUCAAUUCCAAAUGUUAGAUGGGAGGACGUCGGAGGUUUAUAAGAUGCUAAAAAUGAAAUUAUCGAUACUAUUAUGCUUCCUUAGCUUUAUCCUUAAGUUUUUGAUGAGUUUGUUAGACCCAGAACAGGUCUACUAUUUUUUGGGCCACCAGGUACUGGUAAAACUCUUCUUGCUAAAUGUAUAGCAACAGAAACUAAAAUGAACUUCCUUUCUGUCAAAGGUCCUGAACUACUAAAUAUGUACAUUGGUGAAAGUGAGAAGAAUGUCAGAGAUAUUUUUUCAAAAGCAAGAAGAAAUUAACCUUGUGUAAUAUUUUUUGAUGAGUUAGAUGCUUUAGCACCAAAUAGAGGAAAUGGAUCAGAUUCUAGUUAAGUUAUGGACAGAAUUGUAGCAUAAUUCUUAACAGAAUUAGAUGAUAUUAAUAAAGAAGGAACCAGCAUUUUUGUUGUAGGAGCUACAAAUCGUCCAGAUCUUUUAGACUAAGGUUUACUUAGACCAGGAAGAUUCGAUAAAUUAAUUUAUUUGGGUAUUAAUACUGAUGAAGAUACAAGAACCAAAAUUUUGCAGGCAUAAACUAGAAAACUUAAGCUUGAUCCUUCUGUUGACUUUAAAUAAUUGCUUGAAAACAUUCCUAAAAAUUUUACAGGUGCUGACUUUUAUGGCUUAACAAGUCAAACAGUUUUAAAAGCAGCAAGAAGAAAAAUUAAAGAAAUUGAGGCAACUUAUUAAUAAUUUAAACUGGAAAAAGGAGAAAAGUAUUCAUUUAACAUGUUUUCAGAGGAAAUUCAAACAAACUAUAAAAAUUUAACAGAAGUAACAAUACAAUUUUAAGAUUUUGAUGAAGCUUUAAAAAAGAUAACUCCUUCAGUUUCUGAGUAAGAACUCAAAAAAUACGAAGAGUUAAAGCAAAAAUUCUAAUGA